AACACAGUGAGCCGAGCAUCGCUCACCCCAUCCCCAUCAUCCACCAUGCGCCUCUCUCGUGACAUAAAACCCGUCCAUCCCCUGUUUCCAUGACCCUCCCCACACAACCAACGACAUGGCCCUCCAUCUGCCCCCCCUCUUCACCACCCUCCAAGCCCCCCUCAUCAUACUAACCAAUAUCCUGACCCUCGCCAUUGGACCCCGAAACCGCCUCUUGCAGUUCGCUUUCAGCGUCCCUGUCCUCUUCCUCCUCGCGGCCCAGAGCUUGUACAGAGACUGGGACCGCGGGUGGGGCCUCCAUUAUGGCUUGAGCUGCUUCGUUGUGACGAAUCUCGCGGUCUGGGCGGAUUGGGCGCUGCUGGCCAGUCCGGAUCGAGAGGGCUGGGCUAAGCUCGAGCAGCGAAGCGGUGCGGCACAGAAGGAGAAGGAGAAGGAGAGCAGGGGGGAGGGGGAGGGCGCGUUUCCGAAAGACGACGGGGGCGUGGUCGAGAGCAAGAGGGGUGUGCAGGGUGGUGGCGUGCCGACGUCGUUCUGCGCGAGGCUCUGGUGGGCGAUUAGGUUGAGCGCGACGACGCGGUAUAUCGGUUGGAGCUGCGAGGUGAAAAACGUACCACCCUCUGUGCCCGUGGGGUAUCCGCGCUCUAAAUUCCUGUUCCGAAAGACUGCCAGAUUCGCGCUGUUCUACCUCCUCAAAGACGCAGUCUACGCACACACUGCAUCCUCACCGCACGGCACAUGGCUGGAUCUGCACCGCCAGACUCCCGCCGGUGCCGUCAUUGGCUUCGAAGCGUCUCCGUACCUGCACAGGCUGUACUGGACAUGGAUCUACAUCGCACUCACCUACAUCUCCCUCGAGCUGCUAAGCACAACCUCCUCUCUCCUCUUAGUCAGCACAUCCCUCGCGCACCCCUGGGAGUGCCCACGCAUGUUCGCUGACCUGCGCGGCGCACACACAGUCCGUGCCGCGUGGUCCGUCGUCUGGCACCAGCAAAUGCGCCGCCUGUGCUCGGCGCCAGGCAUUUUCCUCGCGCGCGACGUGCUGCGGCUGAACAAGGGCGGCUUCGCGAGCAAGUACACGCAGCUCCUCGUCGGCUUCGGCGUCAGCGGGUGCAUUCACGCAGCCGCCGCGAUGCUGUGCCACAAACACCUCGACGACGACGGCGCGAUGCGCGUUUUCGUCUCCCAGGCGCUGCUAAUUUUCGUCGAGGACCAUGUUAUUGCGUUGGCGAAGCGGUGUGGGUGCAGGAAUAGGUGGACGUGGAGGCUUGUUGGCGCUGUGUGGACUGUGGGCGCGAUUGGGACGAGUCUUAUGGGCUGGACGGGGAGGGGGUUGGGGCAUGGGCUGUGGGUGCAUGAUCGGGAGAGGGACUUUUUUGGCUUGGGGCCGCGCUGAGAAUGAGAUCGCCGGCGUGUUCCUGGAGAGCGUACCGGUAUGGAGAUCACAUCUCCUCAACAUUUUCUCCAAAUUGUCACAGUCGUUGACCCAGUACUGCCUCUGGCCCGGCGAAUCGCAAGUCACACAAAGGGAAACUCUCUAUUUCAGCACACCUCAAUGGUUGUAUCUAGUGCUUCCCCUCCAAUGCUGCCGUCCUAGCGCCGCUUUUGCUAAACGUCGGCGACGGGGUGAAGCCGAUCUGCACCAGCACCAUGGCGUGUUUCUUAUGCGUGCGCUUCUGCUUGCGCUUCUGUCGAACUGACGUAGGCAUCAGCGCGCCAAUGGAAAAUCUGGGCCACUUGCUGCAGCGGCGUGUGCGCACUGUUAUCGUUAGUCGAGUUGAGUUGUGCGGGAAGUCAGUUGGAGG